UUGUGUCAAAUGUAGGUGCCUUAAAACCGGGGGCUCGGGAGUCCCCGCGCGUGAACUCGGCGCGGGGGGCUCGGGACGGGCAGCCAUGGAAUUGAACUCCCUGUUAAUCCUCCUGGAAGCGGCCGAGUACUUGGAGCGAAGAGACCGAGCGUUCCUGCAAAGGAGGAAAAAAUUGCAUGGAAAAAAUAUAUUGCCACUAAUGCUGACUUUGUCCCUAGAAGCAGAACAUGGCUAUGCAUCAGUGUUACCCUUCGAUAGUGACUAUUCCAGAAAGAAAACAAAGGCAGGCACCAUGGCCAGAAAAUCCCAGAAUAACAGGUCAUCACACAACGAACUAGAAAAACAUAGGCGGGCUAAACUCCGGCUAUAUUUGGAACAGCUAAAACAGCUUGUGCCUCUCGGGCCGGACAGCACCAGACACACCACUCUAAGUCUGUUGAAAAGAGCUAAGAUGCAUAUCAAGAAAUUGGAAGAACAGGACCGAAAAGCUCUAAAUAUUAAAGAACAAUUACAGCGGGAGCACCGCUACCUCAAGCGCAGAUUGGAGCAGCUAUCCGUGCAGGGCAUGGAGCGAAUCCGCACUGACAGCAUGGGAUCAACAAUAUCCACUGACUCUGAACAAGAAGUAGACAUUGAAGGAAUGGAGUUUACUCCAGGUGAAAUGGACAGUAUUGGAAGUGCCAGUGAUGCUGAAGACCACUACAGUUUGCAGAGCGGUUCGAGUGACGGAGGUUACACACAUUCCCGCAGACUGAAUGCCAGGCUCUCAUAGUGCCUGAGUUACCCGCUCAACUCAGGACCAUCUGACUGAAGCACUUAUAUAUGAAUAUUCCAGAGGUGUCAACUGCCACUCUUCCGGGAAACCCCAACCACAAUACUCUGACAUGGAGGUUUCUUACCCACGGUUCCCUGCACUGUAACCACAAUAUUAGAUAUUGUAAAUCAUGGGUUUGCUGCAGAGAACUGUGGUUAGGUACAGUUGUGACUUAAAGCUAGCUUGAUGUAGCCAUCCUGCAAAUUAAAGGAAAUAAAUUAUGUCGUUCCAUUCAAGAAGUAUUAAAUUCAAAUUGUUGGAAGCAUGAUGUAAGGGGGUUUGACAGUUUAUUUUGAUUUUGCAGAAACCAUUUUCAAACAUGGAAGAAUAAAUGAAAUCUACAAUGUGUUAAUGAUUCAGAGAUACAAAAACCUAAAAGUACUUUUUGUGGUAUUUUUUCAUGAAAAAAAUACAAAACCCAAAACAUUUUGAAUGCUGUAUAGUGGGCUUCAUAGAGUAAAUUCUUUCAGCAGCUGUUGUUUGGGUGAAGCAGGCAGAUAAAUCUUCAAAUCUCAGAUGAUCUUUAGAAAAGGUCGUAUUUAGAAGUCACUACUGUACUUCAAAACGGGGGAAAAGCCAGCUCUAAUAAUGACUUCAUGUGGGAUGAUCUCAACUUUCUUUUGCUUUUUGUAUUCAAUAUCCAACCAGCAGCAAAUCAUUCUAUCCAUGUUAACGGGAGCAGUAGAAACCAACAUGGCAGUUUUAACCUGUUACCGUGGAAUGGAUGACAUUUGAAGCAUUUCAGUGGUUUUAUGGGUUGUUGUUUUCGUUUCUUUCUCUGAAGAAUACAGAACUCAAGUGAUCCAGUUUGUGAUAGUUAAUCUUUUCUUGCAAGGAAAUGAAAUCUGUUUGCUUGUAUUUUUUUUUCUUUUCUUCUAUUUACACAUGUCAAUACAUUUUUAUGGAAGGCAUGGCUUAAAAUUACAGUAUUCAGCUAGAAGAUAAUUAAUUUUUUUUCUUUUGCACACUAUAAUUGCAUUUUCUAUUCUUUAAAAAGUGCAAAAAAAUUAAAAUGUAUGCUGUAAAACAGCAAAGUUUAUUUAGUACUCAUCAAGCUGUUCAGAACAUAUUUACCCAAAUUGUAGCAAUACUAUGAAGAUGUAUUUUAAUACAACUUCUGCUUAGUGAAGUCAUUAGAGCUUGGCUUGCCGGGUAAGAAAAAAAUGGACCAGUCUUUGCAUUAUCUGUUUAAAGAAGGUCUUUUAAAAAAAUAAAAAAAAACUAAAAAAAAAAAGAAAAAAAUUGAAAAAAACUAAAAAAAAAAGAAAAAAGCUAUAAACACUUUUAGGGAAGUGAUUUUAGCAAGUGUAGUCUAUAUUUCCUGUAAGAGAUUUUGUAUUAUAUUUUCCUAAAUGUUCUCAUUUACUUGUAUAAGGAGGGGAAUGGUACAGACCCAGACCAGAGUCUCAGGGACUCUUCACCUUUGUCAUAUUGUGCCUUGGUGACCAUUUAUGUAUGCCUCUCCUUUUCAUUGUUUAAAGGACGACUAAGCUUUGUUUCAAGACCCUCUGUUCAAAUGGUCAGUUGUCCACCUUCUUACGGAUGAAGCAGAGAGGUGUAUUUAUAUCUUCACCCUCUCACAACUGAUUCAGUGUGGCUUUAAGUAAAAUCAUGAAAUUAGGUUUUGGUGCGAGGGUUAAUUGUCUUUGUAUGAGCCCUCCCUUGGAUUCUUCAGCACCCUAAUCUAUUUUUUGUUAGCUUAUAAAGUCAGGGUCUCUGUGAGACCAGCACUCAGUGGCUUGGGAAACACAAAUGUGUACUGUGUAAGGCUAUGGGAUGUCCAAGUGUGGUGCCAUUUUUAGCAUUCGGAUACAAGACCUCAUGACAGACUGACCAUGAUGAUCAAAAGCAAAGGUUCAGUUGUUCUUUCAACAUCUGACAUAUGUGUCCUCCCUUUGGCUCUUACAACACGGAGUAGAAAUAUGAAUACAUUUUGUGGCAGCUUACAGAUCCUUGUUUGCACUCUCGCUUACUGCUUGGAACUUGCCAACAAGGAAACGUAUACAUUUAAUUUACAUAACCUAAUGGAUGGCCACCCCUACUUUGGCUCUGGGGAGGGGCCUAAGGUUAUCAACUCUGGCAGCUGAAUAAGAAAACAAUUAACCUUUUCUGUGAUGCAGGUUUUGGUAUUACGUUCUAUACACCUUGCAUAUUACUAAAAUCCUCAUUGUUGGGGAAAGCACACAGCAAUAUACUCAUUGUGUGUAGCUGACAAGCAGCAGAAAUUACUAGCUCCUUUGGUGCAUAUGUAACUAAUUUCCAAAUCAUGGAAAAAAAAAAAAAAUAAGAGUUUACUUUAACACACGACUGUUAACAGGAAAAAAAAAAAAAAGAGGCUAGUAUAUUGUUGCUGUUCAUUUAUUAUAUAAUGAACACAUUCAUGGAUUGUAAAGUGUUUCCUUUCAUGACAAGCAGCUCUUGCACAGAACCUCCUAAUGAAAAGAGAUUUGAAACUUACAGAAGGAAAAACGAGACUUUAAAUUGAAUAUUAUUGUACCUUAGGUCAACCUGAAAUUUUCCUUUUAAAGAUGAAUGUGCUAACUUAAUGAGUUCUUCCACGCUGGGUAUCCAUGGCUUUGUAGAUCUUAUAUUUUCAAUAAAAAUUACUCGAAUAAUCUUGAGUGGAAAU